AUGAAAAUACAGUAUGUUAUUGUAAGAAAUGACACCGGAUUUUCAAAGGGCUCCACAGCAGCGCAGGCUGUUCAUGCAGCGGUGCUGUGCUAUCACGAACACUUUGAUGAAGACUUUAGUCUCUAUGUGCUCCUGGGCUCUAAGAUGACAACUGUCGUUCUGCAGUGCACAAAAGAAGAGCUAGCCAGAAUAUCCUCCAUACUUGACGAGAAAAAAAUAAAGCACAGCAAGUGGCUGGAGAUGCCUGAGAACGAAGUGACUUCUCUGGCCAUCUACCCGUAUGAGAAGGAGUUAGUGCAGAGCAUACGAGAGAUUCGAUCUUUGCGGCUAUAUUGA